AUGCUAUCGAAAACAAAACUCAACUCUGUGAAUCUGUUUCGUGCUAUAAAUGAAUAUGCAUUGUCAUUAUAUAAUUAUUAUAUUGGGCUAAUCAAUAUUGAACCUUCUGAAUUUGAUGAUAUUGACAGACAAAUACGGCAAUUGCUUACGUCGCUUAGAUUACAUCUCAAACCUGCAAAUAAAGAGAGACUGUAUUUAAACCGGAAGGCUCUUGGAAGAGGGCUUUCAUCAGUUACUUUCAAAAGUGAACUAAUGCUCUUCCAGUUCCUUACGAGUCUAGAAAAUAUGUCAACUAUAUGCUUACGGAGGGCGGGGAUUCUGCGUGUAAUUAAAAUGAACAAAUGGCAUUUGGCUAUGAUCGCAGGAUUUCUAUCCUCCAAAUAUGCAAUUAUUGAUAAGAAAAGUAUUACUAUGGAGUCUCUAAAGUCCAGUCAGAUACAAUAUUUACAAAAGAAAAUUAGUUCUAAAGCACUAACUACAUUCUGUGCUUUUCAAAUGCAUGGAUGA